AUGGGCCUCCUGACCAUCAUCCGGAAAAACCGCGAGAAGGAGAAGGAAAUGCGGCUGCUGUUUCUAGGCUUGGAUAAUGCCGGAAAGACGACCAUUCUCAAGAAGAUCAACGGCGAGGAUAUCAUGAGCGUCAGCCCGACACUUGGUUUCAACAUCAAGACAUUCCAACACGGAAAGUAUACGUUGAACAUUUGGGACGUUGGCGGUCAACGCACGCUACGACCGUACUGGCGCAACUACUUCGAGCAGACGGACGCGAUCGUGUGGGUGGUGGACUCCAGCGAUCGGUUCCGGACGCAGGACUGCAAAGAGGAGCUCCAUAGUCUCCUACUCGAAGAUCGCCUUGCCGGGGCAUCUCUCCUCGUCUUCGCGAACAAGCAGGACAUCGGCGGCUCCAUGACGAGCGCCGAGAUCAGCGACGCGCUCGAUCUGCCGUCGAUCAAGUCGCACAACUGGAAGAUCAUGUCGUGCAGUGCAGUGACGGGCGAGAACCUGACGGAAGGACUGGACUGGGUCGUACACGACGUCGCCGGGCGCCUUUACUACAGCUCGACAUCCGCGUCCGGCGCGAGACUCAGGGAUGCGGCGCCAAGCAGCGCUUUCGCCCCGUCGCAUCAACUGGCGGAAGUACACUGA